UCAUUAAUCGAUGUUUAAUAUUUAGUAAACCAAAAACGAAUAACCGUUUAAUUAGCCACUUGAAAUUGAAUGAUUUGAUAAAAAUAGUGAUGAUAAGUAAAAAGAUAAACAUAACAUUGACAAUACACUCAGUGGAUUCCCAGGAGCGACGAGUACGAGCGUUUAUAACUAAUAUUUAUGAAUACGGUUGUCAGUUUUGGAUCGCUAAGUUAAGGCUAACAGCAUUUCACUAAACGUUUUUUUUUUUUUUAAUAUAUUGAAAAAUCGAUUUUUUUUUAUAGAUUGAAUAACCGUGUUAUUAGACAAAUCAUAAAAUAAUAAAAAAAAUAAAUAUAGGUAUAUAUUAAAUUUUAUUAUAUUUUAUUUAAAUCUUAUAAUUUUUCCAAUAUAUAUAAAUAGUUAAAUUUAAUUGUUCCACUCGUGCUGUGGUAACUACUGUCUGCUGUGAGCUUCGAUGACACUCUCAAGAAAAGGGUUGCUCAGUGUUUCAGGAACAAUGCUCGAUACAACCAAGCACAUAUUUUUGAAACCAAACAUUUUCAUGCUAUGGAUGGUAUUCUUCACAUUAUUAUAUUGGACUUACUCAUAUUAUUCGUUGACUGCAUUUGAAGUGCCUCUUUUUGAACCACGUUCACUCAUCUUAGACCACGAUAAAUCUGGAUAUUUAAUUAAAACAUCAGGAUGUCAAAUUCCAGAAAUGUAUUUGAAUGGACCUAAAAUAGAUAAAUAUCUUAAUCCUAGCGUAGAACUAAAUUGUAAAACAAAAUGGAAUCUUACUCUCCCAUAUUUAAUAACCUCAAAUUUAACAUCUCUAAUAUUAAAUAUGACAGCAUGGGCUACUUUAAAUAUCAGUGAGGGUGAUACAAGUUUCGUAUGUUAUUACAUUCCAGUAGAAAGGUCAGUAAUUGACAACGACCAAGAUCCUAACACAUUUAAUGAUAAUGGUGUGAAACUUGGUGAAAAAGUAUAUUUUGUACACAAUACGACAGUUUCGAACGAAAUGGUUGAAGUAGUAUGCACAUUAAAUUCAAGUGUAGUUUACAAAUAUUUUCAUAUAUUCAUACGCCCAACUUCGUCAGUAAGGAACCGAAAAGACAAAGAUGUGAGUGUAUUACUUCUGGGUUUGGACUCAGUAUCUCGUAUGAACUUUCACCGUCAAAUGCCAAAAACUAGUGCGUUCCUAUCUGAAAUUGGCACUGUGGAAAUGAAGGGUUAUAAUAAAGUCGAGGAUAACACGUUUCCAAAUGUAGUUCCCGCAUUAACUGGAAUGUCAAUAGAAGAGUUGAAAAUAAAUUGUUGGCCUGAAAACGAUAAUUUUUUUGAUAAGUGUCAUUUUGUCUGGGAUGAUUAUAAAAAUGCUAAUUUUAGCACAAUUUUCGCAGAAGAUAGUACUAUCAUUGGAACUUUUAAUUAUUUUAAAUCUGGAUUUUUUAAACAACCCACCGACCAUUAUUUAAGACCUAUUUUGAAUCAUGCUGAAAACAGCAUAGGCCACACAUUGAUACUAAACACUUUAGGUUGUUAUGGUACUCGGUUGGCAAUGUCCAUGAUUCUUGAUUAUGCCUAUAAAAUUGCUUUAUCUAUGACUAAUCACUUAUAUAUGAGUGUAUUUUGGACGACGAGUCUAACGCACGAUUACGUAGAGUAUCCGAAAUUUGGUGACGAUGAUUUAAGGGACUUUUUUGAUGCGUUUAACAAGUCUGGUGAGCUCAAUAAAACGAUUGUCAUACUAAUGAGUGAUCACGGAAUCAGGUGGGGACGCUUUAGGGACACAUUCCAGGGUAGUUUGGAAGAUAAACUACCCAUGUUAAAUUUCAUCAUACCACAGUGGUUUCAAAAUAUGUAUCCCAGCGCAAUGGAGAAUUUGAAUAAAAACAUAAUUCGUCUAACAACACCAUAUGAUUUACACGAAACACUAUUAGAGUUUGUCGACAUGAAACAGCUCGAUGAUAAUUCAAUUGCAAAACGAACAAAAAUGAACGAAAAUAAAAGAGGCACAAGUUUAUUUCUUGAAAUUCCAGAAAAUAAAAAUUGCAAAACAGCUGGAAUACCAAAAAACUAUUGUGCGUGCCAAAAUGAGAGGCAGGACUUAACUGUAGAUAACGCAAGCGUUGUUAAAGCGGCCAAUGCCUUAAUGCAAUAUGUAAAUUUCGAGUUGUCGGCGUAUAAUACACUUUGCGCAAAUCUGACGCUGCACGAGAUCUAUAAAGCGUCAGUUGAAAUCGACAAUUAUUAUACUUCAGUGAAAGAUUACAUAAUACAAAUAAUUACAGUUCCUGGUUCUGCGAAAUUCGAAGCAACGUUAAGACAUCAUAACGAUAACUUUGAAAUGAUGGGUUCAGUUAGUAGAUUAAAUUUAUAUGGCAAUCAGAGUGUUUGUAUGGAUGACGCUAAAAUGAAGUUAUUGUGUUAUUGUAUAGAUAAAAAUUAAACUAAAAAACACAUAGGUACUAGUAAAUCGUAAUGUCCCAAACUCAUAUCAUUAUGUCAAUGUAUUAUUGUAUUAAUGUGAUUAUUUUAUUGAUCAGUACUCGACGGAUAGAACUAUGUACGUCGCAAUAAUUACUAUUGGCUUAUAAUGAGGGACAAAAAAAAAAAAAAAUGUUUUUGUAAUGGAGUUUAAUUUGUUUUGU